AAUAUAUUGUUGAUAUCGUCAACUCAAACGUGCGUGAUAACUAUUUUGCUACAUCUAUUGGGUUCGAAUAUGAUUAGAUUUAUAAUUAUUUUCGUGCUGUUUUUUGUGUCAUGUGGCUAUUGUGCGAACGUUUUAAUCAUUUUCCCUAUGCCGGGAAAAAGCCAUUACAUACUGGGAAAUGGUUUAGCAAAGGGUUUGGCGAAACACGGAUUCAACGUGACUCUCGUGAGCCCGUUUGAGGAAAAACACCUGCCGGAAAACUAUAAUCAAAUUGUUUUGGAUGGGAUUCUGAAAAAGAUGGAAGAGCAAUUUCGCAAAAGUGUAAACGUAUUUGAAUUCGGUGACGCGUCGCCAAUACUUCAAGCAUUAUUUAUGAACAGUUGGUCAGCAGAAAUGACUGAAGACUUUUUCGCUCACCCGAAAGUGCAAAAGUUACUCAAAUCUCGAGACCAUUUCGACGUCGUCGUGAUUGAACAAUUUGUAAACGAUGCCACCAAGAUAUUCGCGUAUCACUUUGGUGCGCCUUUAAUAGUUGCUAGCAGUUUGGGGCCGAAUUACUGGGUAAACAGUUUGGUGGGAAAUCCUGAACCACCCGCCUACGUCCCGAGCUCAUUUUUGAACUUCAAUUAUGAAAUGAGCUUCUCUGAACGUCUCUACAACUUCUUGUUUGGGAUAUUUUACCAAAUAAAUACCCACUUAUUCAUAUAUCCCAAACAAAACAAACUAUUGAAGAAAUAUUAUCCCGACGGCCCAAAUCUCAGCGAUAUCAUGUAUAAUGUGUCGUUAGUCCUCCUGAAUUCGCACGAAAGUAUCAAUGGCGCUGUCCCGAUUGUUCCAAAUAUGAUUCACAUUGGAGGGUAUCACAUUGCUCCACCGAAAAGGCUACCAGAAGAUUUACAACAUUUUUUGGACAGUUCGAAACACGGUGUGAUAUAUUUCAGUUUGGGUUCUAACGUGAUUCCAUCCCAAAUGCCCGACGCAACGAGAGACGCAAUUUUGAAGGUAUUGGGAUCUAGGAAGGAAAACAUUUUGUGGAAAUGGGAUCAAGACUCGGUAGUUAACCAGCCUUCGAACUUCAAGCUGUCCAAGUGGUUUCCUCAGCAAGAUAUAUUAGCACAUCCGAAUAUUAAACUAUUCAUCACCCAUUGCGGUUUGCUGAGCACCACCGAGACGAUCUACCAUGGAGUACCCAUCCUCGGAUUCCCGGUCUUCGGAGAUCAAAAGAUGAAUGCCGUUCGAGCAGCUACUCUCGGAAUAGGAAAAUUUAUUCCUUUCUCCAAGAUAAAUGAACACAAUUUGGAGGAAGUAAUCAACGAAUUAUUGGAUAAUCCAAAGUACCUACAGAAUGCGAAAUAUAGGUCCCAGCUAAUGCACGACCGUCCAGUUAAACCCAUGGAUUUAGCCAUAUACUGGAUUGACUACGUUAUACGUCACAAGGGUGCACCUCAUCUGCAAGUUGCGGGAGUUAAGUUACCACUAUACAAAUAUUUGAUGCUAGAUGUUCUGGCAAUAAUAUUUGCUUUAGUAUUUACGAUUUUGUAUGCGGUUUAUAGGAUCGUGAAACAAUUUAGGACCCGAAAAGUAAAAGAAAAGAAACAUUAAAAAGCUAACGAUUUUACUCCAUUAUGCCAAUUGCCUUGCCUUUAUAAACAAAUGCAAAGGUGCAAAAAUUAACAAAAUUAUGAUCUUUUAAACGCUUGUCGUGUCCAAAUUUUGAAAUGGUGGUCAUUCAAUGACUGUUUUUAAAGUUAAAAUUAUAUACGAAAAUAACGUAAAAAAAUAAAUUUAGAUAUUCGACUGUAUAAAUUAAUUUUUGAUCCUUUUUCUUAAUGCAAUAAAUCAUUAGGUACUAAAGUAUUGUUGAUUUUGGUAUGCCUGUCUCAACAACAUGCGUUAUAGAGAGUUUUUCACCCAAGCCAUUCAUUAAAAGUUUAUAAAGAUGUAAUUUACAUACACCUUUCAAUUUUGGGUUUAAAGUAACUGCCAAAUUUACUAAUUUAUAAAAAUAUUUUCAAUUUCCUGUCAAUUUCGGUUCAACCGGAAGUUGCUGUCAAUUUGUUUAUUUCAAAUGAAACACCCCGUACAUUAUCACAUUUUGAGAUUUUGUGAAAAAUUCGAAACAUAGUUUACGUAUAAUGUGCUAUACCGUCUUCGAAAUAUUUGACCUUGAAAAAAAAUUGCACGUCUGCUUUAGUUAAUAUAUAAAAUUAUUAUAAUGUCUGAAAAUUUUAUUUUAAAAAAGUGGUUUAAGUUCUUUUUUUAAUUGUUGUUGUCUACUUUUUUACAAGUGCCCAAAAUUAGGGCGCAAACAUUCACAUUUUCAAAGUCGCUAACCUUGCUUUUUUUAAAUGGAGGCAUCCUGUAACUUUAACUGUUAUCAAAUCCAGGACUUAUUUCUAUAUCAAAGUGCAUUAGGGUUACCUAUACCUAUUUCGAACUAUAGACGAAGUAAUCAGGUUUUUUAAAGUUUUUGUUCGGCCUUUCACUUACUUGGUUAUAGAACACAAUUAGUGCGUUCUGUUGUCAGACUAAUAAUUAAUAUAGCAAUAAUAAUACAUCUUAAAAAAAGGCAAUGAACAUUCCCUCUAAAACCCUUAAGUUGUGAAGGGUCACAUUUCAUAAGUUUACCCUGCCACAUAUUGAAUAAAAAUUGAUUAAUGCCAAUAAACAAAAAUAAAAGUCUGGAAACACAACCUGCAUAUAUAUGUUUGACUUAUUAUUUGUGACAAUCUCCACCCUUUUUUUUGUUAUUUACUCUUUUUUUUUCAAUUAUUUCGUUGACAUGUUGUUUAUAUUUAUUAACUCAUUAUGAAUCUCUGUCUUAAAUACUCAUAUAUGAAAAUCAUAAAAAUAACGAUUUUUGGAUGAUUUCCAAUUUUUUACAAAGAAUAUCCAGUAUUCCUUCCUACCUAAAGUGUUGAAAUAUGGUGUUAAUUCAAAUUGUUUCUAAAAUAUUUCGGGUAUUGGUUUCGCUUGGUAUUGGGAAAUUUAGGAUUUAACAAAGUAUUAGUUUAUCUUGACGAUAUUAUAAUUUCAGGUAAAAGUUUCUUUUACUAACUUUGAAGAAAGUAGUAAAUUUGUCCAACAGGAAUGGUCUAACUUUUAAAUUAAGUGAAUGUAAUUUUUUAUUUCAAAAAAUUGAUUUUUUGGAGUAUCAAACUCUGUAAUUAAACCAACUGUCGUCAAUAUUUUCGGAUUAGAAAAUAUACAUAAUCUACGAACAUUAGUAAGAUUAAACAAUUAUUGUCGGAAAUUCAUUCAAAAUUAUUAUUUAUAUUAUUAAAACCAAAUCCAAAGAGAAAGAGGAACGGGAACAGCCUUAUUCCUUUGAACUGGGAACAUUAGCAGUAGAAAUUCCGUUAGUAUUUAUAUGGGUGAAAAAGUAUGCGAUAUGUCGAUGCUCCAAAGCUAGUUGCAAGAUAUCUACGACAAGUUGUCUACUUCCAAAAAUUUAUCCUCAAAAUAUAUUUGCGAAAAUUUUGUAAGUAUUAUGGAAAGUGGCGGGUGGUAAAAAUGUAUAAUAAAGUAUUAAUAUUUAAUCGAUACUUGUUGGU